AUGACCUUGAGGCACGCAGACACUCUGCAACCGCAGCCAUGGACCGAUAUUUUCACGGAUGACACGUGCAUCGAUCGGCGGAAGUGUCACCGCACGGUGCCAAUGAAGGUGCUGGCCCUGGGUGUGGGACGGACCGGAACUGCUUCCCUGCGUCAGGCGUUGCAGAGACUUGGAUAUGUCAACACCUACCACAUGAUGUGCGCCAGCGUCGAGAAUCCUCCAGACUGUCUCAUGUGGCUCGACGCACUGUGCGCCAAGUACGAUGGCGUUGGCGAGUUUGGGCGGAAGGAAUGGGAUAUGCUACUGGGUGACUGCCAGGCCGUCUGCGACUGGCCGGCUUGCGCCUUUGCCAAAGAGCUGAUUGAGGCAUACCCCAAUGCCAAGGUCAUCCUUACGACUCGGGAUGUGGACUCGUGGCAUGCAUCGGUGAUGAAGACGGUGUACUGGCGCGUGACCGAUCCAGAGCACAAGUUCAUCUCGCAGUUCAGCUGGGCCGCCGGCAUGUACUAUCCCAUGCUGAAGAAGUUCUUCGACACGUUCUUCAAGGGCGACUUCCCCAACAAGGGCAAGCAGGUGUACCUGGAACAUGUGGAGGAGGUGCGCCGCUUGGUGCCACCGGAGCGACUGCUCGAGUACAACAUCAGCGAGGGCUGGGGUCCGCUGUGCGAAUUCCUGGGCGAGGAGGUGCCGGACACCCCCUUCCCGACGGGCAACGACAUGGCCAACUUCUACAAGCGCUGCCGCACGCGCAACCGACGGCAGAUGAUGAACUGCGCCUUGCAUGCCGUCACUGUGGGCAGCGCGUAUUUGGCUGCGGGUGCUGCGGUGUUUUAUCUCUUCAAACGAUUCCGUUCGGGAUUGUAA